AAGGGGGAGGAGCCGAGGUUUGGCCGUGUGGGCGGGGAGAUGCUGCCACAACAGUAUCACUACCUGAGCCAUUCCAACUCAUCUCGUCAGAUUCAAGGAGCUACGGGAGGCGGCAGGGGAGGAAAUCCUAAUACCGGGGUUAAAAGGUGGAAACUUUAUCCGCUCUCAUAGAUCCUGCGUUCCGCUUGGGAGUGAGCACAGCUUGGAUACCGGGAGAGCACAGCAUUGUGGCAGUUCCAUACAGCCGUAAACAAAUGCAAACACUAGAGGAGCACUGCUGGAGUUGCUCUUGCACCCGAGGAAGAGACAAGAAGGGUACAAGGCUCAGCACCUGGCUAGCCCAAAGAGCUGCAAAAGCCAUGUCCUCCUUAAACUCUCUCCUCAGCCUUGCCUACCACACCCUGGCCAGCAGCGAAGGUCGGAGCCUUAUCCGGAGAAGCCUCGUACUCUUUGCCGUUGGUGUGUUCCUUGCUUUGGUCCUAAAUUUACUUCAGAUCCAAAGGAAUGUGACUCUGUUUCCAGAGGAAGUCAUUGCUACCAUAUUUUCCUCUGCUUGGUGGGUCCCUCCAUGUUGUGGAACUGCAGCUGCUGUGGUAGGACUGCUGUAUCCCUGCAUUGACAGCCAUCUUGGAGAACCACAUAAAUUCAAGAGAGAAUGGGCCAGCGUGAUGAGAUGCAUAGCCGUUUUUGUCGGAAUCAACCACGCGAGUGCUAAACUUGAUUUUGCCAAUAACGUCCAACUGUCUCUAACACUAGCAGCCUUGUCUUUGGGACUGUGGUGGACCUUUGAUCGUUCCAGAAGUGGUCUGGGCCUUGGCAUUACAAUUGCCUUCCUUGCCACACUAAUAACACAGUUUCUUGUCUACAAUGGCGUAUACCAGUACACCUCCCCAGACUUCCUGUACAUUAGAUCAUGGCUGCCUUGUAUCUUUUUCUCGGGAGGAGUGACUGUCGGGAACAUAGGAAGGCAAUUAGCAAUGGGUUCUUCGGAAAAGACGCACAGCGACUGAACGGAUGUAUGCACCAUGGAACAGGGAGAAUGCUGGGAAACCUCAUUACAACCUGCAACCUUCACUACAGCAACAAAGCUGAGAACUGUUGCUUUGUUUCCACUUACUACAUCUUAUGGUGUGCGGGGCAGGUUACCACAUCACAUCUUCGGUUUACGGCGGAGAAAAGCCGGACACAUCGCUUCCAUUAUUGGGGUUUCUGGUCUCCCUGCAGGAUGGUAGGAUUUGAGAAGGUUCUGUGCAGACUUAGCAUAGGCGACCAGCGGCUUCACUAUACAGUAUUAUAUUUGGAAUUGGAAGAGACUCGGAGAAGCUUCGAGGUGUUUGUGUCCUGUGAAGACUUACAGAUAUGGGUGGAUGGUGCUGAUAAAGGAAGAGUGAAUUUGAGUUUAAAUAGGAGCAUGUUAUUUAUCCUAAAUGUAAAAUAAGGCUGAAGGUAAAAAGGCAAUAUUAGGUAUUCACUAAAAUCACCCCUUGUUACAUAUAGCAAAGAACUCCAACAGCAGUAGCCACGCUAACGCUACUCAUGGCUGCUCAGUAGCCCAGACGGGAAAUGCUUAGACGCCAGUCACAUAAAAGAUGAGGGUUUUAGAUCAGCUGCUCUAUGGGAGUAGGUGUAAAGCGGAAGUGUUUGUUUCCACCGGCUACUAUUCAUCUUACAUUCUGAUGUCCACACUACUACUUGGUUGCUAGGGUGAAUACCUUCUAGCAACCAGACAUCAGUUAUGUAAAUGAUUUAAAAAAAAAAAUGAAGACUAAUUACAACUAGGCUUAGAAUACCACAUUCGCAAUCAUGAGCAGCACGGCUACUUAAGGCGAAGUACACCCUGCCAUAGCUUACUGUAUGAACUGAAUAUUUCUUUUGUUCGGUGGCAUUCUCUGAUAGCAACAGCCACACACACCGCUGCUGGCCCUACAUUGUGCAGUUGCUGUUAUUAUUUGCAGUAUGGCAUGUAUCAUGCUGUUAUUAUCUGUAAUAUGGCAGUCGCGCAGGAAGCCACGCCCAUGAUCUUUCACUUAUGGCCUCUCUGUUCGUUUCUGCAACAGGGAAUUGCUGCCUUUUUACCAGACAGCCUUUUUAAUAUUUGCAGUCUGUGAUUGCCUUGUAAAAAAACAAAAAAAAGGAGAAAAAAGUGCAUUUGUCACUUCAUUAUAUACAUUUUAUUAUUUUGAAUAUUUUGUUAUACGAGUGAGCACAAAGUAUUCAUAUUGAUCCUAUAAUUACAUUGUAUAGAUCAAAUCUGACCUGAGCUGUAAUACAAUGGUGCAAUGUGUUAAAUAUAUCCCCUAGUGUUCUCUAUACCAUGCAGAAACUGUAUUUUUAUUUACUGGACUGGAAGGCACGGGGGUUGUAUUCUCCACUAACACUGGCAUAACAUGGGCACGUUGUGUAAACAGACCUUGUCGUAAGCGCAGAAUUCUCUAAAAAGUGAUCACUGAUCUCCCACUGCUUCUACCCCAGCAUCAAGCUGGACAGCCCCACCAUUUUGGGAUAAAGGAUAACAGAGCCAGGGUUAUAUGCGAACACUGGUCUCAAUAUGCCAAAUAGAUAUAAACUAUAUAUUUGUAUUGACAGUUUAUAUAUACACAUAUAUAUAUUAUAUUAUUUUUAAGCUCAAGUGUCUCCUAGUCUUAAAAAUCCAGUAGCAUUUGGUGGAGAAUGCGCCUCGGAGUGCUGUCAAGUCCCAGGCAAAGCUGAAAAGCAGCAAUAAUUUCAUUACUUGCGACAUGAUUGUUUCAGGUAGCAUUUAUAUCCAGAAAAACUCCAUGUUUGUGUGUGUUUAAAUUGUUCUUUAUGUUUAAUUUGUGGGGUUGCCUUACCUGUUUUAUGUUAUGCAAGAUGGCUUCUCUUUGGGUUUCAAUUUUUGCUGCAAGAUGGAUACAAAUACAUUUUUUAAAUAAAAGGUGCAAUUACCUGUAGACAACAUUAGCCAAACAGAAAGGGCGUUGGGUUAACCCUUUCCCUGCCAGUGACUUAGGUAGAAGUUAUCGGCAGGGGAAGUGACUUACUACCUACGUUUGCUGUGGGAAGAACAAGUUGCCUUGGAAACCCAUCUUCCGUAAAGUGCAACUAAGCCUGCACGAUUGCGGCAAGAAAAGGGUUAAAUUAUAAUCUGACUGCUAUUGUAUAUUUAACAUUUUCAGGAAUACAGAUAAGGAGGAGUUUCCUACACAGAACCCCCUUCUCUCCGAAGGGGGUUCUGCGUAGGAAACUCCUCCUUAUCUGUACUCCUGAAAAAUGUUUAAACCACGUUUGUUCUGAAAAUGAAAAGAACAUACAAUGUAAAUAUUUCAUAAUAAUAGCAAUUAUUUAAGGUAGAAAAGGGGAAUAUUCUACAUACAGCCGUGUCCAUCCAGUGUUUGCCCCAGGAAUUGAUCACAAAGUAUUACAUCUCUAUCAAACUUGAUUCUUACUUCAGAUCAACUCAUAGGCUUCAAAUCAUUCUAUUUAUUCCGCUAAAAGUACGGACAGUAUCUCGCGCUAGGCAGGGGGGGAGGGGCUUCGUGAUUUCUGUGUUAGGCACCGGUCUUUUUAUUUUUUUUUCGCUUUUCGGGAUUUCUCGCAUCCAAAAACAAAGCCAAAAAUAUUUCGUAAGGAAACGCGUUGCCAACACUCGUAGCAAGAUUGUGAGCCGAUUCACGUCGAAAAAAGUGUACAAAAAAAAAAUAUAAAAUAUUGCACUAUGCUGGAUUUCAACUUUAUUAUUGAUUCAGUUACCGGAUCAUUGUGUGUAGGAUUUCUUAUGUGUAUAGAUGUACAUUGCUUUCACCUGGUUUUGUUUUUUAAAAUAAAUUUUGUGUCUCAUUUCA